AUGGAGAAAUCAAAGAUCAAGUCAAUCUUGCCGAAGCCAACGCCUUCACCUUCAGGAUGUAUAUCACCUCUGUCGGGAAUGCAUGGAGAUAAUUCGCAUAUUAGGAAGAGGUCGUCGAUUGAUGGAGAAGAAUUUAAUGUAUCAAAAAAACAAAGGUCAAGAUCUAAAUCAUCACGGAUAUUGGACAAGUCGACGAAGCAGACGGGCCACAGGCCAGUUACUUCCUGUACGUUUUGUCGACAACAUAAAAUUAAAUGUAAUGCUUCAGAUAACUACCCAAAUCCUUGUCAAAGAUGUGAUAGAAUGGGCUUGAAAUGUGAGAUUGAUCCUGAAUUUAGACCUAAGAAAGGAUCACAGAUUCAAUCAUUGAAAAGUGACGUAGAUGACUUAAAAGCCAAAAUUGAGUUGUUGACAAAGAAUGAAACGCUACUUACUCAAGCUUUGAAUCAACAUAACAUGAACUUGAUGCAACAACAGUCCGUAAAUGUGAACCAAUCUCCUUUUCAAGAGUCAAACUUUCAGUUUGACCAGUCACCUAAUUACCAUUCUUCGCCAUCAGUCAAAUUAAAUGAUUCCUUAGAGAAUAAUAAUAGUAACAAUAAUAAUAAACUUGCUCCUGUGAAUAUUUUUCAUGAAAACUCAGAUAAUUCGCCUGCAUCAACAGCUAAGGAUUCUAAUACAGAACUGCUCAACUAUGAACAUGUAUCUGAAUUUGUCUUAGGUGAUGUAAGGUUACCAUUAGAAAAAGCAAACGAACUUCAUGAUAGAUUCAUGCAAAAGAACUUACCUUUCAUACCUAUUUUUACCUCAAAUUCUGCCAAUGAGUUAUAUCAUAAAUCUCAGUUAUUGUUCUGGACUGUUAUGUUGACGGCAUCUUUAUCAGAAUCGGAACCUACUUUGUAUAUGUCACUUGCGUCGUUAAUCAUGCAAUUAGCGAUAGAGACUUGUUGGAUAAGGACACCAAGAUCUACUCAUGUAAUUCAAGCAUUGAUAAUAUUAUCCAUUUGGCCGUUACCAAAUGAAAAAGUUUUAGAUGACUGUUCUUAUAGGUUUGUUGGACUUGCAAAAAACUUGGCAUUACAACUAGGUUUACAUAGGAGUGGUGAGUUUAUUCAAGAAUUUCUGAGGACUCAAGUUAGUUUGGGACCUGAUGCUGAACGUUGGAGAACCCGGUCUUGGUUAGCCGUUUUCUUUUGUGAGCACUUUUGGUCCUCAGUUCUUGGAUUACCACCUUCAAUUAAUACUACUGAUUAUUUGUUAGAGAAUGCAAGGAUUGACACCACAUUACCAAAAAAUUUUCGUUGUUUGAUAUCAUUAUCAAUAUUUCAAUGCAAACUAGUGAAUGUCAUGGGUAUUUCAGUAACGCGACCAGAUGGAUUGCUAGACCCACUUAACAGGGCAAGUUCUUUAAACUUGCUAGACAGAGAAUUGGAGAGGUUAAGAUUUAAACUUUCGAUCGAUGAUUCUUCAGUUGAGGUUUAUUAUUUGUAUAUUAAAUUGAUGAUCUGUUGUUUUGCCUUCUUACCGGGCACGCCUAUUGAAGAUCAAGUUAAAUAUGUCAGCGCUUCUUACAGUGCUGCUACACGUAUCAUUACGAUAACUUCUCAGAUGAUAAAUACAGGAAUCCUGUUGAUCGAGUUGCCCAUUUAUGUUAGACAAGCAAUUACUUAUUCUGUAUUUUUAUUAUUUAAGUUGCACUUGUCUAGGUACUUAGUUGAGAAAUAUGUUGAUAGCGCCAGACAGCUGAUUGUUACAGUUCAUAGAUUGUUAAGAAAUACAUUGCUGUCAUGGAAGGAUUUACAGAAUGAUAUAUCAAGAACUGCAAAAGUGCUAGAGAAUUUGAACAUAGUUCUCUAUACUUAUCCAGACAUCUUUCAAAAUGAUGAAGCUGGCGGUAGUAUUAUCACUAGAAUGAGGUCUCAUUUGACUGCUUCACUAUUUUAUGACCUUGUGUGGUGUGUUCAUGAAGCAAGGAGAAGGACAUUACUAGAUAAGAAUAAAUCUAGGCCUAUUCAAGUUGAACCUAGCGAUGAUCCCGAAGAAAGAAGACCAAGACCGUUGCCUUUUUAUAAUCAGAUUACAAAGGACCAUUUCAACACAAUAACAAGCAUAACUCCUAAUGGAACUACUAUUACUACAUUAGUGCCAACGGAUUAUGCAAUGAACGAGGCAAAAGUAAAUGCUGCGGGUAUGAACAAGCCUUUAGAGAUAAACGGUAUUCCCUUGUCGAUGCUAGAAGCAACUGGAAGUGUCAGAGAUACUUUGAAGAAUGAACCAGCUCAGUCUCCUGAAUACCACCACGUUCAAAUGCUUGACCCAAUCCAACAGCCAAUGAUCAUUUCUCAUGAGACGGCCAUAGAACAUAGGUCUCCCAUAGAAGUGGAGCAGCUUAACGGUAUAGCUAAUCAAAUGGAUUCAUUUUUCCAGCAGCAGUCUAAUGGCUGGUUAAACAAUGACAACUAUCAGGAUGAUGAUUUCUUAGGCUGGUUUGAUGUUAAUAUGCUUCCAUAA